AUGAGUGACACCCAGGGCCCAGCCUCAGUCCCUGUGGUCACCACCCAGGUGAAGCGUGGAGCCGGAGCCCAUCCGGGCCGGGGCAGUGGGUGUCCCCAUUGUCGGGGGCUCCGGGAGCUCCAGGCCUUCCUCAGUCUGCUGGAGCACAGCCUCCUCCAGGAAUUCCUGUCCAAUGACCCAUGUUUCCAGAUUUCUGAUAAGUACCUGCUCGCCAUGGUGCUGGUCUACUUCCGGCGUGCCCAGCUGCGGCUCAGCGAGUACAACCUCGAGAAUCUGUUCCUGGCUCUAUUCCUUGCCAAUGAUAUGGAGGAGGAUCUAAGGCAUGCCAAGUGCGUGAUUUUCCCCUGGGCCCUGGGCAAGGACUGGCAGAGUCGCGUGUCGGAUUUUCUGCACCAGAGGGACCGUGUGUGGGCUCGGAUGGACUUUAGGGCCGCCGUGAGCCGCCAGUGCUGUGAGGAGGUCAUUGCCAAAGAGCCCUCCCACUGGGCCUGGACUCGGAUGCGGAGACCCCAUCAUGGGGGUGUCCAGAGGGGUGACCUCGAAGCCAGGGUCCCCCUGCCCCAGGGCCCUGGUCUCUCACCCCCACAAUGUGCUGCUUGGUGGCUGGAGACCCCUGGAGGGGCGUCUUCUUCUUCCUGCUGUCGCCCCAGCUGCUCCUGGAGCCGGGUGUCUACACCCUCCACGCGUUUCCCAAGGCCCCAUGUCGCGGCCACUGACGCUAGCCUGCUGCUGGCGCCGCUGCCCACGCCCACGGCUUCUCCCAACCCGGAUUCUGAGUCCUGUGGUGACUCUUCCAGAAGCUCAGAGAUGAAGAACGACAGCUUCUGUGUCCUUAUCACUGAGCUUUGGAGGCAGUUCUGGUCCCACAUGCCCUCUGACCGCUGUGUGGUCACAGCCCUCAUGGAGGCCCCGGAUGUCACUGCUUCCUUAGUGAACGCCAGCGACCCCCAGACCCUGGAAAGCGACCUUGUUCGGGCUCCAGCACUCUCAGGGGCAAGGAGCGCCGAGGAAGCGGCGGCGGCCGAGGAGGAGGAGGAGGAGGAGGAGGAGCGCGGGGAGGAGGGCGGGGAACUGCGCGCUUCCUGGUUGGGCCCUUCCCGGAGCAGCCACCGGGGACGCCAGCGCAGGUCGCAGCGGGCCCCCAACACUCCUCCCCCAGGCGGGGUGAGGAGCCGGCGCGGAGGAGAGAUCCUGGUUGGACGGGAGAGCCCAGAGCAGGCAGGCAAAGAAUCCAAGUUCUGCCCCCGGGGUCUGUGA